AUGACAAAGGGCAAAGUUCUUUCAGAUUCUGAUAUAAAACAGAGGAUAGAAUUAUUAGAAAAGAGAAAAGAAAAUAGAAAGAAUGUUAAACUAUUCUUUCAUCCAAUCAAGACUUUAAAGUAUUUCUUUUAUGUACUUCGUGACACAUUUGUCAAUGGCAUACUUUUUGUACAAAAACAACCAUUACUAUUGUUCUUUGUAACACUUAUUAUAAGCACAGCAUUGUUUGUUGUUUACGUUCCAGGACAACAUCAAGAAUAUCUUGGAAAAUAUACUGACCUCAUAUCGAUUUGUUUCUGGUGGGUAGGACUUGGUAUCCUCUCUUCUGUUGGUUUGGGAACUGGUUUACAUACAUUUGUAUUGUACCUUGGUCCACACAUUGCAAAGGUUACUUUGGCUGCUACGGAAUGGAGAUCAUUGGAUUUCGAACAAUACGGACCAAACAGUUUCAUUAAUCCAAACUUGGCCAAUCCGUCAUCAUCGGUCGCUGAUGCCUCUUUGGAGAAUGUUUCAUUUUGGAGUAUUUUACAAGCUGUUCAGCUUGCAGCUCUCAUGUGGGGUGCUGGUACUGCCAUUGGUGAAUUACCACCCUACUUUGUCGCUAGAACAGCAAGACUCAAAGGUUUAAAGCUCGAACAAGAAGAAGAAAAAAAGAAAAAGGAAAAUGGAACCAAGAAUCAAGCCAACGAAAAGGAGGAAAAGAAGGGAUUAUUGGAAAGAUUAAGUUCUGCUGUUCCUGCUCUCAUUGGAAAUAUGGGUUUCUUUGGUAUUUUGGCUUUUGCUUCUAUUCCUAAUCCAUUAUUUGAUUUGGCAGGAAUUACAUGUGGACACUUUUUAGUACCAUUUUGGAAGUUUUUCGGAGCAACAUUGAUUGGAAAGGCUGUUGUAAAAGCUCACAUCCAAGCAUGUUUUGUUAUUUUGGCUUUCAACAUGGAAACAUUGACUUGGGUAAUUGCCAAGAUUGAAGAAUAUAUUCCAUGGUCAAAAGGAAAAGUACUUCCAAUCCUCGAAAAGGAAAGAGAAAGAUUAAACUCUUCGACCAACACUCAAAACGCUCCAAAGAGUUAUUUGGGUGUUCUAUGGGAUUGUGUAUUGGCAAUGAUGAUCUUGUACUUUUUAAUCUCAAUCGUCGAUUCAUCCGUUCAGGAAUAUCUCAUCGACAAGGAUAACAAAAAGAUUGAAACUCUCAAAGAAAAGCUUGUUGGAAAGGAAUCUAAAAAGAAUAAAUAA